CGGCCUCAGCCAUAAACAUUGAUAGACUUCCUUGGUCCUCUUUCCGUGGCCACGUCCACACUCUGCAGCUCCAUUUCCUUUCCCCUUGUGGCCGACCGUAAAUCAGAACCCAGAAGAGAUCCUUCAGGAGCGUCCUCCCAUUUUUUCGCGUCACAACUUCCUUACUUCUCUCUCUCUCUCUCUCUCUGUCAGCUUCAGCUCGUGACCCAGAUCUAAUCGACCCAUCAAUCAAUCCCUCGUCCACUCGAUCCGGUUCCGGCGGUAUUCACGAGCCCGAUUGACGGUCUUCCUAGUUGGGGCAAUUUAGUUCGGCUCACAUGGCGGGGCAUCCACUGAAAGCAGUGACCUUGACUCACGUCCGGUACCCGAGGGGAGACCAGCUCGGCCACUUCCUCGCCUGGGUCUCCCUCGUCCCUGUCUUCAUCAGCCUCGGCGGCUUCGUCACCCACUUCAUCUUCCGGCGCGAGCUGCAGGGCAUCUUCUUGGCCCUCGGCCUCCUCAUCUCCCAGUUCAUCAACGAGCUGAUCAAGACCUCCGUGCAGCAGGCCCGACCAGAAACAUGCGCUCUCCUCGAAACGUGCGACUCCCACGGGUGGCCUUCAAGCCACUCCCAGUACAUGUUCUUCUUUGCUGUCUACUUCACCCUGUUGACAUGGAGGAGCAGGUGGGCCGCUGUUCUCGUGGCCUGGGCGUUGGCAGUUUUGACCAUGUUCUCGAGGGUGUACUUGGGGUACCACACGGUUUCGCAGGUCUUUGCUGGGGCAGUCCUCGGGAUCAUUCUGGGGGCCAUGUGGUUCAGGAUCAUAAACACAGGGCUUGUGCCUUACUUUCCAGCUAUUGAAGAGAGUGCCUUCGGGAGGAUGUUCUAUGUCAAGGAUACUUCUCACAUACCCAACGUGUUGAAGUUCGAGUACGACAACGCAAGGGCCGUGAGGAAGAACAUGCACUCCAAAGAUAAUUGACUAGUGGGAAAGUGAUCCUACAGGUGAAUUACUUCAAAUUCGUGUGUGGGCAAUCAGCUUCAACCCGUGGAGUCACGUUGACUGCCUGCCCGGACGAAUUCUUCAUAAUGCACGGGAAAUUCUUAUAAACCAUUUUAGAUGUAAUACUCUUCUGAGUAUCUUACUGCUAAUGAUCACACUGAGGAUCAUUGGAGGUUCAUAUUCUAAACAUCAGUUACUAUCCUGUCACUGUCAUCUAAUUGAUUGGGCCUGGAUUGGUUUAAAAGCC